AUGUCAACCACCUCUCCGAAGAAGAAGAUCCCAUAUCACCACCAUCAUGUCCUGCGACACAAACUGCAGUCCAUGCCCACCCCGGAACCAGCAUUGCUGGCGCAAGAGGUGGUUGACGAUUUAUUAGUGCUGUGUAUAAAGACAAUAUGUGAAGAAGAGGCGCAGAAACAAGGCAUAUCAUAUCCGAUGAUUGAGUCAGUGGCUCUGGAGUCCUUAGCGGCAGCGAUGGACGAAUUCAUGCUCAGAUUCCUUUCGAAGGUCCGACGCUCCAUGCUCGCUGCCCGGCGAACCUAUCCCAUCGCGACGGAUUUCGAGACCGCCAUAGAUGUUCUCGAUAUUCCUCGGCCCGACGAUCAACUCGCCCCAUACGAGACGCAACCCUCAAUCAACCCUCCUUUGUUGCCAACGCCACCUCCUGAAGAUGAAUUCCACAACCUCGUCGAACUCCCAGCAUCAUUUCUCGGCCCCGGCUUGGACGGCCACGGCGAGCUGAAGAGAUUCUCAUUCACGACCAAGGGGUUGCCUGAGCUGCCUUCUGCACAUACUUAUAGGGAUACGCCUGUCUACCCAGAUCGACAGUCUGAUAGUAGGAAAAUCAGAGAACUGGCGACUCACGAAGGGAAACUCGGUGAGCAGGCACUGCGCAAGCUGGCAGGGGCCGUUAAAUUGGAUGCUGCUCAUCCGCUCGAGACGGAAAUUAUGUCUUCCAAGCAGAAACCUCCAGUGAUCAUUCGCCGUAAGAGGUGGAAGACCGGAGUUGAUUUGUCAGAGGAGGCAGUUUUUGAAGAAACCCUGCGCGACUUGCUGGCCAAGGAGCGUGGUGGAUUUGAGCUGGGACCGAUUGUCAAUUGCGAGAAAUCGUAUCGAAUGCCGGAAGAACUGAUGACAAAAAGGGGACCGGCUAACAGUUCUCUUCCUGAAAAGCGGAGCGGCUCAGGUCUGCAGGGUGGUGAUGUGGCCAUGCAGCUUUGA